AACAUCGCUGCACCGCGCUGAUCCGAUGCUCUUCUUUUUCUUCCUUCCUUCCCUUCCUCACGCAGACGUCUCUCGGAUGUUGUCCAUGUCAAUUUGAAAGCCUCGAUAGCUUUCGUCCGUCCUUUACAGUCUCCUUUACCAACCACCGCUCCAUUCGUUUAGCGGGCAUUCAUUUUUUUCACGACCCAAAACAAGAAUCCUCCCGAGGAAUAAUUUAAUCUCUACUCAGCAACAGCAGCAGCAACAAUGAAGGGCUUCACUGUCGCCACUGCCGCUGUCGCGGCCCUCUCCGGAGGUGUCAGCGCUCACCGCCAGCACCGCCAGGCUCACCACUAUGACCUCUUCGCCAAGAGGGCUGCCAACGACUCGGCCGUCUGCGUGCCUGAGUGCAAGACCUACUACACCACCAUCUACGGCGAGCCCACCCUGGUCCCGGAUGCGCCCAAGCCUUCCCCGACCCCCAAGACCACGCCCCCGGCCACGGUCCCUACCCCGAUCCCUCAGGAGUGCCCCACCCCGGGCACCUACACCUUCCCUGCGACGACCAUGGUCCUGACCGAGACCGUCACGGCCUGUGCUCCUGCGACGACCAAGGUUCCCUCGGGCACCCACACCAUCGGCGGUGUCACCACCGUCGUCACCACGGCCACCACGGUUGUGUGCCCCGUGCCGACCGUCAAGACCGAGUCCAACGGCGUUGUGACCAGCGUUGUCACCCAGACCACCUUCGUCUGCCCUUCGUCCGGCACCUAUGUCAUUGGUGGCACCACCACUGCCGUCUCCACCGAGACCACCAUGACUGUUCCUACCAUCACCACCUACCCCCCGGGCACCUACACGGCCCCGGCCGUCACCACCGUCGUUGACACCAAGACCGUGGUCUACUGCCCAUUCACCACCGACACCCCGGCCCCGACUGUCGCCCCCACCUCGGCGGCCGCUCCUACUUCGUCUGCCGCUCCUCCCCCGCCCAAGCCCUCGCCGUCCAAGACUCCUGAGACCUCUCCCCCCGUCUCUUCGCCGCCCGUCUCUUCGCCCCCUGCUACCUCGCCCCCUAAGCUGGGUGGUGGCAACCAGUGGGCCAUGACCUACACCCCCUACGGCAACGGUGGCGUGUGCAAGUCUGUCGAGGAGGUCGACAGCGACAUUGCCAAGAUCAAGGCCGGUGGCUUCAAGACCGUCCGUGUUUACUCGACCGACUGCAACACCCUCCCCAACGUCGGUGCUGCCUGCCGCAAGCACGGUGUCAAGAUGAUCAUUGGUGUCUUUGUUGGCCAGCCUGGCUGCACCAACGGCAGCCCCCAGAUUGCCGAGCAGAUCAGCGCCAUCAAGUCGUGGGCUCAGUGGGACCUCGUUGAGAUGUGUGUUGUUGGUAAUGAGGCCUUGUUCAACGGCCACUGCACUCCCGGCCAGCUCAAGGAUCUGAUUGGCGAGGUUCGUGGCGUCCUCCGCUCCGGCGGCUGCAACGCUCCCGUCACCACCACCGACACCGUCGGAGGCUGGGAGGGCCAGGGCGUCGCUGAGACCAUCUGCCCCGUCGUUGACGUUGUCUCUGCCAACAUCCAUGCCUACUUCAACGGUGCCGUUCAGCCCAAGGACGCCGGCAAGUUCGUUUCGAGCCAGCUCCAGCAGGUCUCGAACCUCUGCGGUGGCAAGGAGGGCUACAUCAUGGAGACUGGCUGGCCCACCAAUGGCAAGUGCAUCGGCACCUCGUGCCCCGGUGAGCAGCAGCAGGCUGAUGCCAUCAAGUCCAUCCAGCAGGAGUGCGGCGGCAAGUCCGUCUUCUUCAGCUGGACCAACGACGACUGGAAGGCUCCCGGUGACUGUGGCUGCGAGAACUUCUUCGGCUGCGGACGCCUCUUCUCGUCUUGAGAAAAAAAGAAAGACAAUAGAACGCGGAUUAUGACUCUGCCAUUUUGACUCGGAAUCUCUGGCAUACCAUCUUGUUAAUAGUUUUUCGCGCCUCUGAUUUCAGAUGAGGAAUUAUCUGUAAUUUUUUUUUCUUUUCCUUUGUUAUUUUCCUUGACCUAGCAAUGACCAGCAUGUGUAUAUUUACCGUAUCUAGGCGACUCAGUCAUAUGAGGAAUGUGCGAAGAGACAGAGGAGCGUUCUUGUGGUAUAAUCUUUUGAUGUGUUACUCGAUUACCAUGACUCCCGUUUGUGCUUUCAUCCUUGAUGAACGUUUCAGCGACCGGUGCAUCUAGAGGGACAAUUAUUCGUACAUGCGGAUGCUCCCGACCUAUGG